GUUUGCUAUCUUCAUGAACCGGCCUAAUCCUCCAUGCCGAACGCCAGUGCCGCUCACGAAAACGAAGAGCACCACCCACCGCAAAUCCCGGUGGGAUUAAACUCCUUUCCCCCUUCAAUUCAACCACCCUCCGGACUCCGGACCGAACCCGUCUUCUUCAUCUAGCUCCUCCGGUCCUCCCUCCUCCUCCACUUGAGCUGACACUUCAUCCAUUCCCCAUCCCACGCAGCCACCACCACAACCUCCUCCAUUCGCUCUCCACUCCCAACUCACUCCCUCUCUAUCUCUCUCUCUCUCUCUGGGGGAAGGGGGAGCAGAUCGGUCCUAUUAAAUUCGUCACGCCCACCUGCACGUCGGCUCCACCUCGCCAUUGCCUUGCUCCAAGCUCGUGUCUUGGGGUUCGGCAGCCGGGGGAGGGGAGGAGAUGAAGGGGCUGAGCGGGGCGAAGCUGCUGGUCGUCCACCCGUCGUCGAAUAAAUCGCCCGGCGGCGCGGGUUCCCCCGGGGCGGUUCUUGGCGCGCGGCGCCGGGUGUGCGCCGCCGUGUUCCUGGCCUGCUUCGCGUGCGUGUCCCUCGCGACCACGCUGCUGUCGGCGGCGCGGGACCCGGGGGCGGCCGGCGCGUCCGGGAGGGCGUCGGCGGCGUUCGCGGUGCCGGCGAGGGGCGGGGGCGGGGGCGGCGGCGCGGCAGCGGUGGGGACGGGGGAGGGCCUGCCGGGGUACGUGUUCGACGCGCUCGUGCAGUACUCGUCGGCGGGCGGGAACUCGACGGCGAGCAUGCCGGGCCCCGACGUGCGCGCAAUCGCGGCGGUGCUGAAGCGGCGCGCGCCGUGCAACCUGCUGGUGUUCGGGCUCGGCGGGGAGACGCCGCUGUGGCGGGCGCUCAACCACGGCGGGCGCACCGUGUUCCUCGACGAGAACCAGUACUACGUCUCCCACCUGGAGGGCCGGCACCCGGGGCUGGAGGCCUACGACGUCGCCUACACCACCACUGUCCGCGAGUUCCCCGACCUCCUGGACGCCGCCCGGACGGCCCGCGCCGCCGAGUGUCGCCCCGUCCAGAACCUCCUCUUCUCCGACUGCCGCCUCGCCAUCAACGACCUCCCCAACCAGCUCUACGACGUGUCCUGGGACGUCAUCCUCGUCGACGGCCCGCGCGGGUACACGGCGUCGUCGCCGGGGAGGAUGUCGGCGAUAUUCACGGCGGGGGUGCUGGCGCGGACGCGGGCCGGGGAGGGCGCGACGACCGACGUGCUGGUGCACGACUACGAGCGGGAGGUGGAGCGGGCGUGCUCCAGGGAGUUCCUGUGCGAGGAGAACCGCGUCGCCGAGACCAGCACGCGGUCGCUCGCCCACUUCGUCGUGCGCGGCGGCAGCGCCGUCCGCCGGGACGCCUUCUGCUCCGGCGCCGUAGUAGCGGCCGCCCACUAGUUUUUACUCCGAUUACUCCUACUCACCUCUUCUUCUACUUUUUUUUAACCUCUCUCGAUGAUGGUUGUCGAUCAUGAUGUUGUUUGUCAUGUGAGUGAAAAAAAGAGAAAGGUGAAGCCUGUAAAAAUUGGUGUGACAAAAAAAAUGCAGAGGAAUGCGUCUCUGUCCUUGACGAAUC